CGCGCGAGUGUUAUCUGACCGCGGCCGGCGCGCACAUAUCAGCCACGAGAGCAGCCGGCGACUGUCAGUCCGCGCCUGAUCCCCCCGAGCAGUCCACGGAGAGAGCCCGGCCGCCGACACUGCGCUACGAUGGCACAGAUGCCUGUAUGGCUUGUGUGCCUGCUGAUUGCGGGCUGGGCCACCGCAGCGCCCAACUGGUACCGCGGAGGGUACCACCACGACGACGGGCAGUACCAACACUCCCAGCAAUGGGAGCAGGAUCAGCAGCAGUGGGAACAAGACAGACAGCAACAGGAGAGAGACAGGUUGCAACAGCUAUCGGACGAUGCACAGUUGGCGCGAGAUCAAGAGCUGGGACAAUUGCAACAGGAGGAAAAUGGACAUCUGCAACACUUGCAAGAUCAAAACAACGAACUGGAGGGGCAAACAGCUCAGGAUAUUGAUCUACAUCAAAUUCAGCAGAAUCCCCAAGAGUCUGAAUAUUUGCAACAACUGCAGCAAAAUCAACAAGAAAAUUAUGAUCUUCAACAGUUACAACCAUAUCAACAGGAACCAGAUAAUCUGCAGCAGUUGCAACAACAUCAACAAGAAUCUGAUUAUCUGCAGCAACUUCAGCAGAAUCAACAAGAAUCUGAUGAUUUACAACAGUUGCAACAAAAUAAACAGGAACUUGAUUAUCUACAACAACUGCAGCAGAAUCAACAAGACACAGGUGAUCUUCAACAGUUGCAUCAAUACCAACAGGAACCAGAUUAUCAACAACUGCCACAGAAUCAACAAGCAUCUGAUGAUCUUCAACAGUUACAACAAAAUCAACAGGAUCUAGAUUAUCUGCAACAACUGCAGCAGAAUCCACAAGAAACUGAUGAUAUGCAACAGUUGCAACAACAUCAACAAGUAUCUGAUGAUCUGAAACAGUUACAACAACAUCAACAGGAACCAGAUGAUCUGCAACAACUGCAGCAAAAUCAACAAGAAACUGAUGAUCUUCAACAGUUGCAACAAAAUCAACAGGAACUAGAUUAUCUGCAACAACUGCAGCAGAAUCCACAAGAAACUGAUGAUAUGCAACAGUUGCAACAACAUCAACAAGUAUCUGAUGAUCUUAAACAGUUACAACAACAUCAACAGGAACCAGAUGAUCUGCAACAACUACAGCAUAAUCAACAAGAAACAGAUGAUCUUCAACAGUUGCAACAAAAUGAACAAGAACCAGAUGAUCUGCAACAGUUGCAACAACAUCAACAGGUACCUGAUGAUCUACGUCAGUUACGACAAUAUCAACAGGAACCGGAUGAUUUGCAACAAUAUCAACAAGUAUCUGAUGAUCUGCAACAAUAUCAACAAGUAUCUGAUGAUCUGCAACAAUAUCAACAAGUAUCUGAUGAUCUACAACAGUUGCAAAAUAACAAACAGGAACCAGAUGAUUUGCAACAAUAUCAACAAGUAUCUGAUGAUCUGCAACAGUUGCAACAAAACCAACAGGUACCAGAUUAUCCACAACAACUGCCACAGAAUCAACAAGCAUCUGAUGAUCUUCAACAGUUACAGCAAAAUCAACAGGAACCAGAUUAUCAACAACUGCCACAGAAUCAACAAGCAUCUGAUGACCUUCAACAGUUACAACAAAAUCAACAGGAUCUAGAUUAUCUGCAACAACUGCAGCAGAAUCCACAAGAAACUGAUGAUAUGCAACAACAUCAACAAGUAUCGGAUGAUCUGAAACAGUUACAACAAAAUGAACAAGAACCAGAUGAUAUGCAACAAUUGCAACAACAUCAACAAGUAUCUGAUGAUCUUAAACAGUUGCAACAAAACCAACCGGAACUAGAUGAUUUGCAACAAUAUCAACAAGUAUCUGAUGAUCUGCAACAGUUACAACAAAACAAACAGGAACCAGAUGAUUUGCAACAAUAUCAACAAGUAUCUGAUGAUCUGCAACAGUUGCAACAAAACAAACAGGAACCAGAUGAUUUGCAACAAUAUCAACAAGUAUCUGAUGAUCUGCAACAGUUGCAACAAAACAAACAGGAACCGGAUGAUUUGCAACAAUAUCAACAAGUAUCUGAUGAUCUGCAACAGUUGCAACAAAACCAACAGGAACCAGAUUAUCCACAACAACUGCCACAGAAUCAACAAGCAUCUGAUGAUCUUCAACAGUUACAACAAAAUCAACAGGAACUAGAUAAUCUGCAACAACUGCAGCAGAAUCCACAAGAAACUGAUGAUAUGCAACAGUUGCAACAACAUCAACAAGAAACUGAUGAUCUUCAACAGUUACAACAAAAUGAACAAGAACCAGAUGAUAUGCAACAGUUGCAACAACAUCAAAAAGUAUCUGAUGAUUUGCAACAGUUGCAACCCGACCAACAGGAACCAGAUUAUCAACAACUGCAGCCAUGGGCGUAGCCAGAUUUCAGUUUUGGGGGGGGUUUACAAAAUAAAAUGACAAAACAAUGCAACAUUAAUAUACACGUGAAUAGAAAGUGCAUACUGCAUACACAAUUACACUUAUAGAAUUAUU